UAUUUAAAAGUGCCAACAAUUUCAAUUAUUGGCUUCUGCUGGAUGCAGACGUCUCCAAGUGUGUGAAGGCUAGUCGGCUUCACGCAUCAAUGCCGGCUAGUGACCGGUCGCAACCGAGUGGCGUGCUGGGCUUACUUCGCUGUGCAGGAAAUUCAAUAGUGCACUACACAAGCCAGCCAGGGUGACCUAGUUUCCCUGUGUAAGCCAGGCAGCCAUUGUUCGCUGGGUUUUCACAGAAAAUUUAGAGUUUUAAAGGACGUAGGUUUGAGCUUCAGAGGCAGUGUAUUGGCAGGUUCAAUCUGAGUGGUGGAUUUGUGAUCUUAGCAAAUGGGACUUCUCUCCAAGAGGAUGAAUAUACAAAUAUAAAAUGACUUCACCCAUCACCUAAUGUCCUAAGCUUCUUCACAUGUCUCAUACACAUUUCCUUAAAAAAAUUAAAUCUCAAUAUGGCUGCACUCUGCUAGCUGCAUAACUAUGGCAAUGGAAGUUGAAAAUGGAGGAGCAGUUGUCAAGGACUUGGAUUCCUUAGCUGUACAGUUUGGCCAGUCAUUGAUGGAGUCUGACCUGAAAACUUACAAUGAAGAUAGCUCAGACAGUGACAACAGCAACAACAGUAGUAAGGAUAAUAUUAAUGAUGAUAGUUUGCCUAGUACAGUUCAUAACAUUGGCCUAAAUUCUGCACAAGGUGAAGAAGCUGGUAUAUACCAAGUUGGCCAGGAUGCAUCUGUUGUUUUGAACCCCUCAGGACAGAAGGUGUACCGUUGCCAAGAUUGUGGUCUUACAUACAAUAAACCAAGCUCAUUCAGUAACCACCGACUCGCACACCACCCAUCUGUGUGUCCCCACUGCGGACGUAGAUUCAGUAUGCCAUCUAGCCUCGAGUCUCACUUGCAAUUGGUCUGUGAGAGAAAAGGUGCUUCAGGGGAAGGAGCAUUUGAAUGCCAUAUCUGUCACAAAAAGAUGACAACAAAAAAAGUCCUACUGAGGCAUUUGAGGAUCCAUUCCAAUGUUGGUUCGUUUUCAUGUAAAAUAUGUUCUAAAACCUUUGGUAUUCAAUCUAGUUUGGACUUUCACAUGAAGAGCCAUGACCUACAGAAACCAUUCAGAUGUAAGCUCUGUAUGGUUACAUUUACCGAGAAAUCCACAGUUGUCAGACACUUGAAGAGGCAACAUGACAAAUCCAUUGACCUGAACUCUUACAUUGAGAAUAAUCUUGUUCCUGAGAGCCCAGUGGAGCUUGCUACUCAGCUAGGCUCCUUUUCUGGACGUAAACCUGUUGCAAAAACUGAGGUAGAACCCCCAGUAGACAUCAAACCAAACAUUCAAGUUAAAUCCCAUUCAACACCAUCUUUGAAAUCUUUGCUGGAACAACCUUUGGCUACAUUUAAUCCCAUAGCAAGCACAUUGCUUUCCAGUGCAAUUAACAUGCAUAAAAUGAGCCAGGAAAAAACACCUAUUAAACAAGAACAACCGGAUCCCAUCUCAGAAUCAGAAAGUGAUGAUGAAGAAGAAAUAUUGAGCCCUGACUCAAUCCAAGGUCUAGUGAAAGAUGCUAUGGGUAAGCUGCCAUCACUGACUAGAUCUUUCCAGUGUAAGCUUUGUAACAAAACAUACUAUCACUCAAGCUCUUUGAACAAACAUAUGAAGAAACACAACAUUGGUGAUGCGUUCCAGUGCCAGAUUUGCAGAAAGAAAUGUGUGUCAAAAAGAGACUUGACCAGUCAUAUGUUGUGUCACAGGGGGGCUGGCUGCUUUGCCUGUCCCAUAUGUGGAACAACUUGUGCCAGAAAGGGAAGCACACUGAGACAUAUCAGGCAGGCUCAUGGAUUUUCCAUAGAGCAUGCAAGGGAAGUCAUGAACAUGGAUAUGAAAGACAAACAAAGCACUACUAAUGUUUCUUCUAAGUCUGAUGUGGAUACAAAUUAUGAUUCCAACUCAACUUUUGAUGACCGAGAAGACCCUAAGUUUGAUCAUGAUGAAGAGUUUGAAAGUGAACUUGAUGAAAGUGUGGAUCAUUACACAUGUAGUAUUUGUGAACAGAUCUUUAUGGAGAAGAAUCAUCUUAUAUCACAUUAUGAAAAUGUUCAUAGUGUUGACCCAGAUAAAGCUGUCAAUGAACUCAGUUCACCAAAACUUACUGAAAUAAAGAAGAAAGACCCUAGAAGUUUACUAGGUCAAACAAUUGCCAAUCAACGGAGCGCAGUUACUAUCAAUAAUGACAAUCUGUUUGAUACAACAUUAAGUGUGGUUGUUGAAAAAGAUAAUGAAGGGGUGCAGAAGGUUAUUAAAGUUAUGCCAGAAAGGGGUUCAAAACUACCUGCUUACCUUCAAAACUAUGAUGUUCCCAGUAGCAGAAGGAGGCUAGUUCAAGAUCCAGAGGCUGAAGCUAUGAAGCCAUACAAAUGUAACAUGUGUGGGACCAGAUUUGUUGAAAAAUCUAGUGUCCGAAGGCAUUUAAAAAGAUCUCAUAAUUAUACAAUUGAAGAAGCGAAGGAGUACAUGAUCAGGAACGAUUACACUAAAGAAACUCCUACAAAAGGAGAGAAUUCAAUCGAUGAAUUUCAUUCCCUAGCACAAAUGAAUGAAGAUUCCUCAGAUAAAUAUUUCAGUGAAUUAACGGAAAAAGAACAUUUAGAAGACCAUGAGGACAAGCAAAAACAGAGAACCUAUUUGUGCAGUGUCUGUUCCAAAAGGUUCAUGUUACGCUCGAGUGUCAGAAGACAUAUGAGAAAGUUUCAUAGUUUUUCCUUGGAUGAAGCGAGAGAGUGUGACAUUAUGGCUGAAGAGUCGACUGAAGUUAGAACAAGAAGAACCUCAGCAGAUAUUAAGAGAGCAGUUGCUGGUGAAGAGCUCAUAGGUUUGGGUGAAGGUCAGAAGGCAUCUAGAACUCCUAACAAAAAGUCUUCUGCCAGGUUCAAAGAGCAGUUGUCUUGCAAAUUCUGUGGACAGAUAUAUACACAGCGGUUUGGACUGAAACGCCACUUGAUUAGCUUACAUCAGCUUGAUAGUAAAGAUGCUGAUAUGGUGAUUGAAAAUGAAAUAAAAGAACCAAAGCAGUCUUGUCCACUGUGUUUUACUGAAUUCGAUUCUGCGCAAACAGUAAAAGAACAUCUUAUGAAGCUUCACAGGGUUUCGGAGACAGUUGCAGCGAGGCUAAUGGGAAAACACACCAUGUGUGACUAUACUGAAGCCAGUGAAGGCAUUGAUGAUGAUAUAUCAAGAAGUAUGUCAGUGGAUGAAGAAAAUGAUUUCAGCCUAAACACACUUAAUCAAGUGGAAAGUUUGCAGAAGAGCAGUGGCCUAUUGACAGAAAAGGAAAUGUUAGAUAAAGGUGAAUUUGAUAUAAAUGAACCUUCUGCGAUGUUUAAACAAGAUGAUCAAGAUAUUCUUUUUGAUCUCAAGAGUAACAAAGAAGCGCUUCUGGUAGAUCUGAACUUUGAAGCAAUUAAUCCUUGGGGCUCUGAUGGGCAAAGCGAUGAUUUAGAUCCUGAAGGGCUUGGCAUUAUAAGUGGUGACUCCGGGCUAGAUUUCAAACUAGCUGGCAAUGAAAAAUUGAUUGAUUCAAUGGAACACUCCGAUAUGACCACUGCCUCUAGUGGAAUCUCAUAUGAUGACAAUGAAACCGAAGCAUCAACAUCUAUCUCACAGAAUAAAACUGGGAGCUUGCCAUCUAUUUAUGGUUCAAAGAAAAUAUUCAAAUAUGACUGUCCAAUAUGUAAGAAAGUUCUUAGUGAUGCCAGUGCCAGAUCAAAGCAUAUAAGAAGACAUGAAGGAACAGCUGGAUUUCAAUGUGGACUUUGCAAUAAAAUCUACCUUCAACUUAGGAUGAUAGAGAGUCAUUUGAAGACACAUGGGGGAUUCGGCGUGAAGUGCGGUAUUUGUUUCAUCUACUGCGCUGAGCGAAAUGGGGCAAAGAGACAUUUGCAAAGAAUGCAUAGCAUGGAAGGCAACACUGAUGCCUUGGAACCUUACAUUUUGCAGUGUGGACUUGAUACUGACAAUGUUGAUGAACUACUGACAAACUAUACUGUAGUUGAUCUUGCACAGGAGAACAACAUAGUGACAGUUGUCCCUGAAGUUCUAAUGGGUUGGAAACAUGAUGUUGAGAAGUGGGAAAAGGAUAAAAUUGCAGUUCCUAAAAUAGAGAUGGAUCCCAAUGAUGAAUCACUGAGUAUCAAAGAGGAAAAUGAGGAAAUUGCAACAGAGGAUCCUUUGAAUGAAAGAACUGAAGAAAAGGAUGAGAAAUUGAAGUUGUUGAAUACCAAGACCAAAAUUGAUUCAGUUAUUACUAAUUUGCAUAAGAAGUUAUUGACAAGAAGUAUAACUAGUUCUGAUAAAGAUGACCAAUCUUUAAAUGAUGAGGACUCAGAAAGUCCAAGUGUAAUAGACUCGCCACAGUCAAUUUAUAGUGCAGAAAAGACCUCCCCAUUGAAAUUGACAUUCAGAAAGAAGACUAAAAUGGAACAAAAUUAUGAAGGCGAUGUUGAAAAUAAGCUCAUUGAGAAUUUAAGGGAAAGAGAGAAUGGAGAGGCAUCAGAUUCAGAUAGAACAGAAGAUCUAGACUUUGAGUCAAACGAAAUGGAAACUGGUGCUUCAAAAGGCAAAGCACUAGAAGGUAGCAGUAUAGGAGUUGAUAAAACAGAUAUUGAAAUGCUGGAUAAGGAGAUCUUAAAUGCAAUCCUGCCACAUUUUGAGGGUGAUGGAGGAAAGCUUGAUGCCCUGGAUGCUACACUGAAGGGGCUGUCACAGAAGAGCCCAAGGUCGCCCAAAAAGACGGUGCCUCAUCUGCUGUGCUGGGAAUGUGGAAAGAGUUACAGCAACUACAAGUCGUUCCGUGAGCACCAGAGAAAGAAGCACCCUCUGAGCUGUAAUAAGUGCCACAAGGUGUUCGUUGAUCCACUCCUUUACCAGGGUCACAUGGCACAGCACACAGAUGGGAAGGCGGCGCCCAAAAACCAUGACUGCCCUGUUUGUGGGAAGGAGUUCAAGGAUGCGAGCUCAAGGGCCAAACACCUGCGACUGCACACUGGGGAAAAACCAUACAGGUGUGAGGAGUGUGGUAAACGAUUUACCCAGACUGGUCACCUCGCCAGCCACAUGCGAAUCCACAAUGGUGAGAAACCGUUUGACUGUAAACUCUGUGGGCGGUUUUUCACUGAGAAAUCCUCCGUGAAACGCCACCUCCGGAAGAUGCACUUCAACCAGUAUAACAAGAAGUGCACGGUGUGUGGAAUCAUAUCAAAGACUCGCGAAGAACACAAAGCUCAUUUGAUUACUCAUAAACAACGAGUGUACACCUGUCAGUUCUGUUCUAAGGACUUUAUGGAUUCAAGGGCGUUGAAGGUUCAUACGUUUAAUGCCCAUUCACAGAUGACCGUGUCAGUCAACAUGCGAGAAUAUAGGUGUCAUGAAUGUAACAAACAGUUUUUCUCAUCGAAAGGACUGAAAAAUCACCUGAAAGUCCAUAGUGGUGACUUUAAAAUGUUUAGUUGUAGGGUUUGUAAUAAGCUGUUUGUCACCGAGCAGGGCUUGAGCAGUCAUGCCAAGGUUCAUACAAGAAACAAAGACUUGUACUGUGACAUUUGUCAUAAGGAUUUUAAAAGCCGGGCUUACUCAGCAUUCCAUAAGAAACAGCAUAUACUUGAUAAGGUUAACCAACUUGUGUCAGGAAAGGACUCUAGGUUAAGAAACCUUACAGUAAAGAAAGAACCUUCAGGAACUGAUGAUUCGGUUGAAAUAAAUGCUGAACAAGAAAAACAGAUUGAUCAUGAAAAUGAAAAAUUAAGCACAAAUAGUAAUGAAAUGAUGCCUAAUGACGUCAAUAGUGACUUCCGUAAAAUCCAAGCCGGGUUUCCAGAUUAUGUGAUAAGAUUCAUAGAGCAGAAGCAACAGUCCAGUUUCUACUUCAUAAAAGUUGACGAGGAUAAUCCUUCAAACACCGAAGGCGAAAACACAAACACAAACGAGGUCACUGCUGCAGCCACAUUCUCCCCGGACACAAGAAACAAUGCAUGGUUCCAGAUGAAUGAUGGGGACAAGAAGGCGAGAGGAUUUGCCGUGUACCGAUGUGAUGAGUGUUGUACCUUCAAGCUGCGUAAGCGGGAGAUCAUCCGCCACCAGGAGACUGCACACAGUCUCCGACAGGGAUAUUCCUGUACAGAGUGCUCCGCCAUUUUCCCGACUCGAGUGUUGCUGGGGAUACACAGGAAGCGGGUCCACCCACAGUUAGCGAGCAACAACAAGUUCCGCUGCCCACUUUGUGGAAAAACGUUUUCAAAUCGAGGGGCCUAUCGUAGGCAUGAACGAAGACAUACAGGUAACAUGCCAUUUUCCUGCUCAAAAUGUGGAAAGAAAUUCCUCACUCGUCACAGCCUCGUGUUCCACAUGGAGUCCCAUCUGUCGAAGCGAUUCGAAUGCAGGAAGUGUGGAACAAAGUUCGUCCAUCAGCGAUCCUACGAUCAACACACACAAGCACUGUGUAUGGGGCUGCGAAAACGCAUCGCUGCUCGAAAACAGAUGGUUCAGUUACCGAACAUUGAGUCAGGUCAUGCAAGAAAGGCGUUGAUUUGUAUUUACUGUCAGAAAGAGUUUAAUUACCUUCGAACUAUGGAGAUCCAUGUUCACCAGACUCAUCCUGAGCAUUCUGGGGAAUUGACAGAUGCUUUUAUUGAACAAGAGGCUCCUAGAGUGACUGCUUAUACAGAGAUAAUGAACCAAGUAGAUGAUGCGAUUAAGAAAGUUGUUGAUGAACAAGUAAAGACAGUGGACAGUGGUGCUGACGGAGUUACUGGUAAUAAUCUCCAAGGGGAAGAGUGCAAUCCAAGAAACCUGGAUGUAGGAAAUGAUAAUUGUGAGGACAGUUCACCCUAUGUAAAGUGGGAGUUGGACAGAGAGUCUACCUCAUAUAUUGAGAAGUGUAAUAUGUUAAAUGGCACUGGUGAUACAGCUGCCUCCGAGCGUGAGUCUAGUCUUGCCAAUGCUUCAGUUAAUGACAUUCCAGCCAACAUUCCCGUCAUGAAUAUCAAGGAGGAACCUCAAUAGACACAUUAAAUGGUUACUUGAUCGUGUAAGACCAUGGCAUUAAGCAGUGUUGUUUUAUACAUGUGUUCAUUUACACAUGCAGAUGUUUCAAUAUAAACUUUACACAUAUGUCAACCUUUGUAUAGCAAAAAAGGAAUAUUUGAUCUUUUUCCAACACUGUAUGAUGUUUAGAAACUUGUUUACUUAUAUUACCUCACUACCUUAAUUCCCUAUACAAUAUAUAAUAAACUUCAGCGGGCAACAAUUUUCACUGUUACCCCUCACUGUUACUCGCUAGCAAGAUCUGUUACCCGCUGACGUCAUAGUAUGAUAUGAUACGGGUUACAUUCUACCAUUUUGUUUCUGCCGUUUAGGUACUUUGUUGAUAUGAAACUAUCAGAUAACAAUGUCGCGAUUGGUAUGAUUUUCUGAAAAUUGUAUAAAUAUUCCAGGAAAAAAUAGAAAUAAAUGAAGAUUUGUUUAGUAUAGAUAUGAAACAAAUCUUUAUUUUAUUUCUAUUUUUUCAUACAUUCUGUUUGUAAAAUAAGGAUAAUGAAAAAAGAGAAAGUUUUUCUGUGCAAGUCUUAAUGUUAAACUAAGUUAUUUUGUUAGGUCAUUAUUUCUGUACAUUUUCCUUUGUUGUUAAAAAAAGGGACACGGCUAUAUUGUACAUUGGGAUGUUGUUUUGUUAUUAUGUAAUAUUGUUAUUGUCAGGGUGUUGUUUUGGGGUAUUUUUGCCAUGUUAUACAAUGCCGCCCAGCGGCUGUGUUGAAAGCCUUUAGAGUGAAAGAAACAAAACACUAAGCGAAAUCUGAAUAAAAAUUUCUAGUCGUAACCUCAUUUAUCCUUAAAUCUGUAUAAAAAUUCAAAUGGCAAUACAUCAAUUUUUCAACUUGGUGUUCAUUCUUAAUGUUGGCAAAAAUUCAGAAUUAAGUUGAACUUCAAAUAUCUUUUAAAUCUGAAUAAAUUUAUGUGUUCAUUUUUAAUGUUGGCAAAAAAUUCAAUUCUCAGAAGUGUAGCAAAAUUAGGAAACUAUGGCACUAACUUAAUUUCAAUUUACGACUAAAAUUGACUAAAAAUACGAGCAAAUGUUCCAUUUUCUUCAUGCUUGGAACUGCAAUUGUAUAGGAGGCUUAUUUUAUGAUUUUUGAAAUCUGAUGUCGAUGGCUUGUGUUGCAAAGAGAAUGGGAAAUUGUUUUUUCUUUGCCACCUUGUUCUUGUUUCUGCCAGAUAAUUAGGUUUUGAAAUUGGAAUCUGAAGAAUAAAAUCAGUUUUACAGGGGUUCUAAAGUUCAGGAUAUAAAGUUCUUGAAAACAGGAUUGAGAGCUAUUAAUUUCAGACUAUAGUACAGUUGUUACGAUUGUGUUUUUCUGCUCAGCCAUUUGCAUCAAAAACAGAAACACCUUGAAAUUAAUAUAAAUGACUAUGAGAAGGAUGCACCUUGAAAUUAAAAUAAAUGACUUUGGAAGCAAUUUACCAGGCUUUGGGCAUGAAUCCCUCAUACUCGAAACAGACGCCCUACUGUUUUUCAGCAUUGACAGUUAUUUUCUGUUACAACCCCUAAUUUUGGAACACAUAUACUGUUCUUGCUGCUUUAUUGGUGAUUGAGAGGGAAAAUCUCUAGAAAGAUAUUUGUGUAAAGAGAUGAUAUGUAAAAAUUUGCUUGAGUAAUAGAAUUGUCUCUCUAAAGAUUGGUGUAAAGGGAAGCUCUCUCUUAAAUUGAUGUAAAGGGAAGCUCUCUCUAGAAAGAUUGGUGUAAAGAGAAGAUCUGUAAUAUAUGCUUGAGUAAAGGAAUUGUCUCUCUAAAGAUUGGUCUUAAGGGAAGCUCUCUAGAAAGAUUUUGGUGUAAAGAGAAGAUCUGUAAUAUUUGCUUGAGUAAAGGAAUUGUCUCUCUAAAGAUUGGUCUUAAGGGAAGCUCUCUAGAAAGAUUUUGGUGUAAAGGGCUCUCUCUUGAAAUAUUGAUGUAAAGAGAAGAUCUGUAAAAAAAUAUGCUUGAGUAAAGGAAUUGUCUCUCUAAAGAUUGGUCUUAAGGGAAGCUCUCUAAAAAGAUUUUGGUGUAAAGGGGAGCACCCUCUAAAUAUUGAUAUAAAGGGAAGCUCUCUAGAAAGAUAUUGGUGACUAACAUGUAAAGGAGAAGUCUCUCUUAAGAGUUGGUGUAAAUUGAAGGUCUCUAGAAAGAUAUAAGUGUGGAGGGAAGAUUUCUAGAAUUAUAUUUGCGUAAAGGGAAUAGCUUUAGAAAGAUUGAUGUAAGUGUAAGGCCUAUAAUGGUGUUAAGCGAACAUUUCUAGAAAUAUAUUGGUGUAAAUGUAAGAUCUCUAAAAAGAUAUUGGUGUAAAGGGAAUUUGUCUAGAAAUGUAUUGGUGUAAAUUGAAUAUUUCUAGAAAUAUGUUGGUAUAAAGGGAAACGCUACAAUUAUUUUGGUGUUAUAGGAAGAUCUCCAGAUGUGUAUCCAUUGUUCAUUCUUCUUCAAGCAAAAAAGUUAGACACAAUUUUAAAUUUUUAACAGGAUUAUGCAGUAAAGUGUUACGUGCAAUAUUAGUGUGAUUACUGUUCUUACUUUAUUGUUAAUACAGGCAUUCAGAUUUUCUACUGUUUGAAGAUCUGAAAUACAAUGAAAUGUAACCUUGGGUUCAUAAAAAAAGGGUUUCUGUGCCAAAUGAUCUUGUUUAUGUUUUGUAUUUCUGUAAAAUGUUUCAACAAAGAAGUUGUUAGUAAUUAAUUGUCAUAUUUUAGUAUUCAGGCACAUUUAUGGUGAUGUUAAACUCUGUGUUUAAGCAUUUUUUAAAUCUCAUUAGAAGUUAAGAUCUUAGCUAACGGCAUAAUAUCUAUAUAGCUAACAGCAUUAUUUAUGUAUGCGAAAUGCUAUUUUGAACAAUGAUAUUCUCAUAUAGUCAUUUUCUACUAAUAAAUCAUAACCCUUAUAAUUGUCAGCAGUUUUAUUAGCUUAUUAUUUUGAUCUGAAAAGUAUUCUAUGUAAUAAUAGUUAUUUUAUAACUGGCAAUAUAAGUAAAAAAAUGUACAGGAGUAUUUAUUAUUAUCUUUUGAACAUUUUUAAGAGCAUUAUUUUUAUACCUUAGUUGAAAUCAAUAUUGAAAUAAAAUGGUAUGAUUUUUAUGGCCAAAUCACAUGACAUUUUCUAUUUAUUGUUUUGCUAGUGUUACCAAAAGGCAGCACUUGAUUUCAUGAGAGAGUGACCUGAAAAGCCUUUGUAUAGAAGAAUACACCACAAUCAAGCUCUUUAAAAACAUAAUAAGAAAAAAAAAUAAUCAUAAAAUGUUUCAACAUUCCUUAGUUAUGCCUCUUUCUAGCUCGUCUUCUUUUUGAUGAGAAGAGUAAAGGUUUUUUUUAGUUACUCUAUUUUUAUAGCCUUGGAUACGUAGAUGUCAAACAACAUCAUCAGUGUCAUUGUCAGUAUGGUGCAAAACCUUUGUCUUAACAACUCAGAAACUGUGCAAGAUAUCUUAUAAUGAAACUUGUUCCACAUGUUUUCAGAGGCUGUAGGAAUGACUUCACCAUUACGUCAUAUGUACUUCCGUUGUGUGGAAAAUUCUCAAUAAAAAAAAAUGUUCGUAUGAUUGAUAGACAUGUUUUCACCUGCUCAAUACACUGUAAAUCAAAAAUAUCAUUAUUCCUGAAACUUUUAUACCUUAAGUAUCUCUUCUUGCUUGAUUUAUUAUUUAGAGUAGAGAUUAAAGCAUAAACCGCUGCCCUAUAGUUGAAAGGUCAUUUUGGAAGAACUGUCAUGGCGGACGGUGCAAUUUUUAGAGUUUGUUUUUCAAGUGGAGUGAUUUUUCUUAGGAAUAACUUGACCCCCCUUUUUUAUUGGCUUAAAAUGUAAUUUAAAGCUUGAACUUUAAGAAUAUAUGUGGUUAUCAUAGCCUGCAUUCGCUGGAAAUGCCUUUCAAUGUUGUCUAAAUAUUAUAUUUUACAUUGAAUUAUAUAGGGAAUAACAAUGGUGGUGUGUAACCUAAACGCACUUGUUUAUCAAGGCCAAUAACUCUGGCUUAGAUAAUUGUUAAUUUACGCCCCUUGUGCGACUGCAUGUCUAGCGAUUGGUGUGCGGCACUCAUGUUUAAAAAAAGUCAUCCUGUAAUUGACAUUUGUCUAUAAGUGUUCUUGCCAUUCAUUUCUAUUUGAGAAAUUUGAUGAUCACAUAUUCUACAUUAAACUAUAUUUAAUACAUGUAGUCAUGUUCCUAAAUGUGCAUCCUUAUUAAAGUCUCAGUACACAUGUUAAAAACGAAGUGAACAAAAUACUGUUUGUUGUUUAUAUUGUGCUAAAAUGAAGUAAAACUAUGGUAACAAGA